CCCAGUAUUUUAAAGCCAGGUUCGUAUGGAAAUGCCUUCACUCCACUUGCACUGCUGUUGGACUCGCCGUCGUUGCUUCCAUCCGUCUGUCUGUCUCUAUUCUUUUGGUGCACUCAUCUGUUGGUUAACACACAGUCUGCGCCUCAUCUCCGCUCUCUAACCUUUACUGAGCCCAUUUUGACUAAUCUCUCUUAUUAGUUGCGACUGAUGCCUCAUCCAACCUGCCCUUGUUUUUGAUAUUAUUUUUUUUUUAAUCUCUCUGAGAUCAAGAAAUAAAAGGAUUGGAAGAGGAAACAGGUUUAAUUUAAGGCAGGGCUUAUGUUCUCUAAGCUUUCAGACCAUUUCAUUACACAGCCUUUAGUCAGACUUCUCUGGAAAAAUAAACAAAUCAGCGAGUGUUUCACAGGCGGCUGCUUUAGGGAGCAUUUUAUUCUCCUCCUUUCUCCAAGACUCAUAGAUCAGCUAAUCCCCAAAAUCAAUAUACAUGUUCACUAUGAGCGUUGCAGCAUAAUGCUGCAGUAAGGGACAGAAGCAUAGCCAAUGCCGGUGGGAGGGGAGGCUUUCACUGCAGCAGAUUCUGCAGCGUUUUCCUACACAAUGAAUAUCGGGUUGUCCUUUCAUGUUCACCAGGCAGGAGGCGACACCCACGAUCAGCCAUUUAGCCUGCACAGUUCUGAGUUGAUACAGGGAGGCUGCCUCGGCCCGGCACAGAUUCCUUUCUUAUCUCUUCCCGCGGCGGAAGGGAUCUGACUGUCUCGCAGAGUAAAGCACAGCUCAUACGUCCAUGAAAUGGAGAGGAUGAAAGAAAAUACCAAACAGGAAGUGAAGCCUCUCCCUAUCUUGGGAGGCGAGCAUCAGCCAGAUGUUUUUGGAUAGAUUUAUUCCGGUGUCUGUGAUAGCGAUCAGUUGUUGUUUUUACAACCGACAUACUCAUUUAUUUAUUUUAUUUUAUUUUUUUCUAACAAAUGGGGCAAAGGAAGGCAACAGUUGAGAAUAUUUAAAAAAAUCAAAAUCAAAAGACCUUGUAAGUGGAGAUGCAGUGUGUGCUGUGUGUGCGACUACCACUCCCCUUCACAUGCACUAACCCAUUCAAGCCCAGCUCACCUCCACCACCCCAGAAAGUCACCUCCACCAUGGCUCAGCCUGCUCUGUUCUGCCCCCCCCCCCCCGACCCCCCUCUGUCCAGACCUCCUCUUUUGCCAAAGAGAACUAAUUGAGCCCUGUUGAGCCAUCACCUUUCUCUCUGUGCCUGAUCCACCCGAAACUAACACAAAUUGGAGUUGUGUUUCACCCGCCCUCCACCACCAACUCGCCCCACCCUUCUGUAUGUGUACCAUUCACAGUGCGCUACUAACACCGACGAUCCUUUUUGUUAAAGCUCUUUAACAAAAAGCUGCAUGCUGUUUUGUUCCAACCCCUCCACUUUCUGUUUGUGAAAGUUGAUGUCAAUCUCUUUGUGAUUAUAAAUAUCCUUUUUAUUUUUUUUGGUUUGUAUGUUUGUUUUUUUUUUUUGGUAGAAUGCAGCACUCUGGUGAAUGUUAGACAAGCUUGGAAUAGUUAUAAUCACAACAGAAAAAAAAAACACUGCUUAUUAAGAAAAUCAUCGUUUAUUUGUGCUUGAGGAUGUAGUGUGCAGUGGUGGGACGGUCUUGCAUUUCACUUAAAUGUUUUUGUUUUCUGACCCAUACUAGUGAUAUAACGGUCUCAGACAUGUACAUUUGGCCCCAGAGAUUUUCCUUGUUGUGCUUGUUCUUGCGCUCCUCCUCUUGCCUCUUUGGUGUAUUGUCAGUCGCCUGAUCUUGUCCACAUCUACAGUGUUUGUACACGUUGUCAUAGCAAUCAUUAGUAUUGAAAGAGGCAUACAUUGGUGUCUUUUUAAUAAUGAUUUUAAAUCAAAAGUGUGCACAUGGUUAGGACCAGGCCAUUGAUAACAGACCAGAGAUGCUUGAGGUGUCCAAAAACCUGCACAAAAGCUAUUUGUAGCGCAUCGAAUGGGGCUACAUGCACAUAGUGUCUCCCUCUCUUCACCUGCACACCCACAUACCCCCUCACUUGUGCAUAUUCUGUCCACCCUGGGCCUUGUAAUGGUAAUCCAAGGCCCACUAGCUCCACUUCUGUCUCUUCCUCUCGCUAUAUUUUUGUGAUAGCUGCAUAUGUUUCAUGGUUUUACGGAAUCACAGCAAGCUUGGAGUUUCUGGUCUUCGUUUUGUUAAUGCAAGAUUUCCAUACCUCGUUUCUGUGUCACUUUUGUGUGCAAAGACCUUGCUCUGUAGUGGUUCAUAUAUGUAUGCGUGUGUGAUACAUAUAUUGUCCCCUCCUUCCUCCCACUCCUCCUUAACUUCUCAAGUUAGUGGAUGUGACUUUAUGUGUUAUUUUAGUCAUCCCAACAAAAACAAAAAUAGAAAUGCUCAUGCCCAAUUUCUUUGCUUUAAAAAUAAAUAACUCUGAACUCCUAUUGAAGGAGGUUGUCCUGUAGAUUACAGGCUACACAUAGCCUCAUGUAUACAACGUAGUAGAAAGCCUACCCUUUCUCUCAGUCGCCCACCCUCUACCCCCUCACCCCUACCCGCCCUUACACCCCUUGUGCUGGAAGACACUGAUAUUACACGCUGUAGGUGAUGUGGAUGAUGAUAAUGAUGAUGGUGGUGGUGGUGGUUGUGCUGAUGAUGAUAGUGUGAUUUGAGUGUUUUUUUAUUUAGCUUUUGUUUUGUUUGUUAUUUGAUCAGUACCCAAACGGGGAAAUGCUCCUCUUAUUAUUGGAAUAUCUUUGGUUUUUUUCUCCUCUGUUCUCUCUGCUAGGAUAACAUCGGACACCGGCUGCUUCAGAAACAUGGCUGGAAGUUGGGGCAAGGUCUCGGCAAAAGCAUGCAGGGUAAGGUUUGUUGGAUCCCCUCUGUAUGUCAGUAUGUGUGUGUGUGUGUGUGUGUGUGUGUGUGUGUGUGUGGGUGUGUUUUCUUUCUCCCACUCUGCAGUUGACCUCAAUGUAACACCCCUUUUACAGUGUACCGUAGGCUAAUGGCCUCUGUCAGCUUCCUCCUCUUUGCUUCAUAAUCACUAAACCUUUAUUUCAAUCUGCACAAAGAGUACGAAGUGCUUCGAUUUGAACAAAUAACAACAAUCCAUUUUAAAUCGAGGUAGAUUUAGGAAGCCAUGAUUCCAUCACAUCCCUUAGAAUCAUCGUCUCCACGUGUUUUAUUUUUUCCUCUUUGAGUUUCCGUUGCUGCUGUCGGGUAUCUGAUUGGCUGUAACCACGGCUAAGACUUUGAAUGGCUUGCAGAGUAGACGAGUUUUCUCCCCUCUGCUUGUUUGCCUGUUUCUACCUCCAAACCUGUGAAACUUGUCUGUGUGUGUGUGGUCGUUAUGUGGGACUGAGAUGUGUGUGUCUGUUACUGACCGGGCCAUAGAGUCAACUUACAGGGAAAAUCUCACCACCACCACCACCACCACCACCACCCCACCCGAAUGUCUCUGUCCCCAUGGUUACACGCUCCCUUCCUCCCCCCACCCCUCCUGCACAGCAUGUUUGUCCCAGAGGUGCACUCCUGCCUGCCUCCAAACCGUCACACUCACCUGGGGGCUUUAAGCAGUGUUGGAGUGAUUUGAUCCUGCCCAUGUUGUGCUGAUGGUAAACUUAGUGGUAAAUGUUAUUUUAUCCCCCAAUUGGAUUGUUUUUUUAUUUUAUUUUAAUUUCUCCCAUUUUUAUUUGUUUUCCUCUCAUCAGAGCACCAAUGCCACAUAGGCUUUCAAUUCUCUCUGUAUUAGUCCUCAUUCUGCUGCUUGUAUAUUAUCAUGCGUAUGUAUUACUCUUAGAACAUUGUCAUUUUGUUUGUUUUCAGUUUUUUCUUUUUUUUUAAACCUUGUGAUUCACACCCUGUGAUUUAGAUGCACAUUGUUUUUGUCUGGUCCCUUUCUUUUCCACUGGAAUGGGUAAUGUGGAAGUAUUGUCACUGUGUUUAAAGAUUGGUGAUAGUUUGGGAUGACUGUAAUUGUUCAUUAAUCUUUAAUUCUGGGCCAUGCUUGCGACUCCACUCAGACAGACCACUGCAGUGGCCGACGAACAGACCCAGCACCUGUUUUUUGAGGGGGGGGGUUCACUUCUCUAUCGCAAGUUGGGCAAAGAGCGUCUAUCAGUAGAUGGUCUCGUGAUCUAGACGUCACAAAAAUCCUAAUGGAAUGCGGCCUCAACAAUUACGCAAUCAUGAAAUAAAAGAGUUCGGUUUUCCAGCUAAAAGUCCACCCGGCUGACGGACACUGCAGUGGGACUGAGAGUCCAGCUAGGCCAUUAUGUGUUACAAUGCCCAUGCAUUUAUGAUUUCAGAAUGAAUAUGUCAUUGGGCUGUGAUGACUAAAUUACUCAGUGAAAGCACAGGAAUGACACAGAUAUUGGAAUUGAAUUAAUAAUAAUUUUUACCUUCCUCCGUCCAAGAAUGUGUCAGGAAGUUUAAAGUAAUAGUUUAAGGAAAAGCUCAAAGCUUCCAAAUGCAUUAAUAUUUAGUGCAUUAUACAUGUUGACUGACUUUGGGCUCUUUUUUUGGCUCCAAGUAUUAAUUAUUUUGGCAACGCCAGUGGAAAAUGUAUCUUAAUUUUGAGUCUAAUUUGAAAAUAAACCACUAGCCCAACUUGGCUCAGACAGCACAGCAGUUAAACUUUGAUAUGUAUAUUUUCAAGCCCAAUGCUUGUUGUUAUUCCAUAUGCCCAAUGGUAUACAUAAAAUAAUAAUUCAUAAGAAACUUGAAUAUGUGGGGAAAAAAAAAAAAAACUGAAACCAAACUUAAUUGAUAAUCACUAUCAGUAAGAUUGAUUAUUGUAUCUGGCUGGCAACAGGAGCAGCAGAACUAGUCCAAAUUAUUUGUAUGCCUUUUUGUUUUGAGACCCCCCCUCCCCACCCCUCUCCCCCUGUCUAUCUAUCUGUCUGUCUGUCCCCCCCUUCCUUCUCCUCCCCCCCCUUCCCAUCCCCAUGUUUUACCAGGUAAGUAUCCCCAUCCCUUGCACUGUCACCAUGGCGAUACCUGGCCUGUGACGUCACUCUGCUGUAGUUCAGUGCUUGUGUCCUUUUUUAAUUUUUACUGUCUUUCUCUCUGCUUUGUUUGGCUGAUUUAUGAGUGGAUUAAGCAAUUCUGUGUCAAUCUCCAAAGUAGUUUUGAUUUUUUUAUAUAUAUAUUUUAUAUCUUUAAUGUUUCAUUCUGUUUUUUUGGUUGUCUUUGGUUUGUUUAUUUUCCUACAGUUAAUUUCCUUCCGAUCCAGCUCUUUUCACAGCUUACGUAAUGUAAAUUUAAAUAGGAUGGGGGCGGGGAGUGAAUUUGGACGUCAGGACAGUUGAAGGGUGCAAGUGUCAGUCCGCCUGCGGACAGUUCAGAAAGAGAUGGUGCAAUAGGCCCGAGAUAAUAUUGGGACACUCUCCAUGGAGGGUGUCGCAGUGGUGCUCAGUGAGCAGUGGCAGCAGCUGCUUGGCCUGUUGCAAGUCCCUUCUCACACACACAAACGCACACUAACGCACCACACGCAGCCCCUCAAGCUGUAGCGUCCUUGAUAAAUUCUGCAUUCUGGUUUAACAGGACUGCAGCAGUGAACGGGUGGAGGAGGGGUGGUGCGUUGUGCGCCUACACUGAGAAGAUACGUAAUCAGAUUGCCGUCAAGCUGACAGUUUAGUUUCUAGUAGAACUUUAACUGUCUCUGUUGCCCUUAAUUGCAGCUAAUGUGACUCCAUUCAAAAAUGCAAAUCGGCAGCCAGGUCUAACGUAACGUUGAAAGAUAAAUUGGGUCUCCGUGUUUGCAGUAAGCUGUGAGAAUGGCUGGUGUUUGGUUCACUGUAGCUUUCUGGUCUCUUUGCACUUCAAGGCAAAAUUCUCUAACCCCAGCACCCUAUGCUCUAAAAGCAGGCUGUCUCCAAGCUGGCCCCCCGUCCCCGCCUCAGAAACUCACCUCGUCCUCUCUCUGUCUCUUUUCCCUCAGGACGCACCGACCCUGUGCCCAUCACCCUCAAGUAUGAUGUCAUGGGGAUGGGACGGAUGGAGAUGGAGCUGGACUAUGCAGAGGACGCCACAGAGAAGAGAAGAGUUCUCGAAGUGGAGAAGGAGGACACAGAAGAACUGCGGCAAAAAUACAAGGACCAGAUGGAAAAGGAGGCAGCCAUUGCAAAGGCUCUGGAAGACCUGAGAGCCAAUUUCUACUGUGAGCUAUGUGACAAACAGUACACCAAACACCAGGAAUUUGACAACCACAUUAACUCUUACGACCACGCUCACAAGCAGCGGCUCAAAGAGCUCAAGCAGAGGGAGUUUGCUCGUAAUGUCUCAUCCCGUACCCGUAAAGGUGGGAAGAAGCAUGAAAAGAUGCUGCGUCGAUUGCAUGAGCUGGCUGAGCAGAGGAAACAACAGGACCGCACUCCAGGAAGUGGGCCCAUGUUCAAACCUACGACGGUGGCCGUAGAUGGCGAGAUGCCAGAAGAUGGCGACCUGACGCCGGAGAACACGGCUUUAACAGACUGUGUCCUGGAAGGAUCUUUUGCAGAUAAAAGUGAGGAGACCUCCCCGAAGCCGGUACCAACCAUCAGCUUCUCUCUGGGGAAGAACAGCGCCACCUCCCCGACCCCGAGUGGAGCGUCCAAAGUCAGCGUGUCCUUCUCUUUUGCCAAGAAAGCCCCCGUGAAGCUGGAGACGGCUGCGGCAGUGUUUGCAGAUCAUGGAGAGGAAGCUAUGGAGGAAGAGGAGAGCCAGGAGGGAGAAAAGGCUGGAGGGCAAGAGGAGACGUCGGGCAGCAGCACAAACAGCCCUAAGGAAGGAUCCGGAUCAGGAGGAGGUGAUGAAGGAGAGGCCGCUGUUGUGGAGGAAGAGGUGCAGCCGCCUGAUGACGGAGCCUCUUUAGCCUCCACUCUCAACAAACUGAAGAUGAUGAUGAAAAAAGAGGAAGGAUAUGCUGGACAGGAGCCUCAGUACUAUCACUACAUACCUCCAGCUCACUGCCGGGUAAAGCCUCACUUCCAGUUUUUGCUGUUCAUGAAGGCCACUGAUCAGUGUCCAACCAAAGAUGAGGAAGACGAAGACGAGGAGGAGGUGCAGGAGAAGAACGACGAGGAGAAGGACGACGACGAGGAGGACGACGACGACGACGACGAGGAGGAAGAAGAGAAGAAGGAUGAAGAUAGUCCUGAACAGACGGAGCCCGACGUCAAAGAGUGCAAGACUGAAAAAGAACAAGAUAAUGUCCCUUCAUCCCCGGACCCUGAGCCAGCUCCUCCGUCGCCUAAAGUAAAGACGGAGGAGGUCUCUGCGUUAGAAGCAGAAACGGCUCCCAUUGUACCCAGUUCCCCUAAACAGAAAGCCGAGAGUGCACAGGAUACUCUUGAUUCCAACUCGGGUCCUAAAAUCCCCACAGGGCCCUUCUUCCCAGUGCUGAGUAAAGAUGAGAGCACCACCCUGCAGUGGCCCUCUGAGCUCCUCGAGUUCACAAAAGCCCAGCCCUCCCUGUCUUACAGCUGUAAUCCCCUCUACUUUGACUUCAAGCUGUCCCGCAACAAAGGGGUGCGCGGUGGGAAAGUGGCAAAGUCCCCGAAGACUUGUGAAGAAUCUGAUGGCAAGAGGAAAGAGUUGGCUGCCUCAACAGCUGAAGUAGAGAAGACGAAUAAACCUGGGACCAGCACUGACAAAGACAAGCCAACGGUGGCGGGACAGCCCGGCCAACCUGAAGGUGAGGAGCAAAAGCUUGCGGCUGGCAGCAGUAGUGCCAAGAAGAAAAAGAAAAAGAAGAAGCAUAAGAAGUCUGCAAAGAGCUCAAAGCGCAAAGGAAAAGACAAGGGAGCAAAAGAGGAUGCGGAGGGCGAGACCGAGGCCACGCAAGAGAAGCCCAAAAAGAAGAAGAAACACAAACGGAAGAAGAGCAAAAACAAGGCUCCGGAUCAAGAGGAGGCGACAGGUGGUGAAAAGGAAAAAGAAAAACCAAAGUCGGAGGAUAAAGCCGUUGCCUCCUCUGUUACGCUGACAACCGGAGGGGGAGGUGCUACGGGAAAUACAGGAGUAGAGUCGAGGAAGAGAAAACGCGCUACGAAGGAAGUGCCUUGCAAGUCUGGAGCAGAGGAAGGAGGAGUCGGAAAAGGCACCGACAAGGUCAACUCCUCAGAGGAGCACAGCGGAGCCAAGCGACAAAAGACCGACUCCAGUGCACCUCAAAGUGCCUCCUGCUCCACCUCAGCCCAGAAGAGUCCCGGUCCUGUUCGACCUCCCAGCAGCGAGAGUGAGGAAGAAGGGGGCUCCAAUACUCAGCGCUCACGUCAUCACAGGUCAAGUCCUCGGGAGCAACGCCGCCACCGCAGUGAAGAGUCGCGGCGGUCCUGCAGCCGCUCCUCGAGGCGGGAGGAGAGACGGGGCAGCAGUCACCGGCGCCGCCGAGGCCAGACCUCCCGCAGUCACUCGUACUCCAGCAGCUCUGAGCGCUCCUCCGUGGGCAGCAGCGCCUACAGCCACCGCAGCCGGAGCUACUCGGACAGCGACAGCGACUACAGCAAAGAGGGUCGCAGGCGGAGGCACUCCAAGCGGUCGUCAGACUCCGAGUACGAGCGGAGGGGAAGCCGAGGGCGGAGACGAUCCAGGAGACGCCAGUCCUCUUCCUCCUCCUCGGAAGACUCCCGCUCACGUUCACGCAGCUACAGCCGCAGGAAGAGGCACCGACGGCACCACCGGAGCAGCUCCAGGAGCUCUAGUAGCUGGAGCCGAAGCACCAGCGCGAGAUCCUGGAGGCGCAGCUACAGCCGGAGCCACAGCUCUGCCAGCCGCUCCUCCAGUUCCACCAAAGGCUCCUCUCGCCGACGAGCCCCGAAGGCUCGAGUUGAAACCGACGCGCAGCGCAGAGACUUUAACCGCUCUUGCAUCUACCGCUCCCAGUCGCCACGUUCAUCUUCAUCACGAGGCCUUAACCGCAACGCCCAUUCAUCCAGCUCGCAGUCUCUGAGGCUAGGGGGCUCGCGAGAUGCAGGGGAGCAGAAGAACAGCCUCACCGCUCGCCAGCUGCUGGAGAAGGUUCAGUCUAAGAAAAGCUCUGAUGAUUCUACCACAGGAGCAAAAUCUGGGAUUAAGAUCAAAGACCCACCACAGGGAUACUUUGGUCCCAAACUACCGCCGACUCUGGGAAGCAAAACCAUGCUGCCGCUUUUUGGUAAGCUGCAGGCCGGGAAGAGACCAAUGUUUCCCCUCACCAGACCUGUUGAGGGGGAGAAGUCGGGAGCAGGGAAGUGCUCUGAGGCAGAGGUUAUCCUGGUAGAGCCCAUCAGGGAGUUCCCCCCUCCACCUCCAGCUCCACCGGUCCAGAAGGUGGAAGAGGCCCCACAGAUCACAGUGGUGCAAGAGGAGACGCCACAUCCCACCACCGAGGCCCAACUGCUCCAGGAACCCCAGCUGUUGUUUGAACAGGACUCUUCCAUGACAAUGCCCCAGUACCAAGAAGAAUCGGGACAGGACCCCUCUCAAAAUCCCAUGAUGGACUCCCUCAUGACAGAGAUGCAGCAGCCGCCAAUGCAUGCCUACCCUGCUUACCCACCGCCCAACAUGGAGGAGGACUGCAUGGAGGCGGAGGAGGACGGACUGGCUCCUCUGGAGAGUCAGCCCAUCACGUUCACGCCGGAGGAAAUGGAGAAGUACGGCAAGCUGCAGCAGGCCGCUCAGCAGCACAUCCAGCAGCAGCUCAUGGCCAAGCAGGUGAAGGCGUUUCCCUCGGCCGCCGCAGCAGCAGCAGCCGCCGCCGCAGCGGCCGCCAACAUGGCCCCGGCUCCGCCUCCCCCGACCAUGCAGCAGAUCCACAUCCAGCAGCCCACCAUGUCCAUGGGCUCCGGUGCGUCUAUCACCACGGUGCAGCACGCCAUCCUGCAGCACCACGCCGCCACUGCUGCAGCCAUGGGGCUCCACCCGGCACAUGCCCACCACCAACACCCACAUGCCCAGUUGGCCCAGGUACACCACAUUCCCCAGCACCACCUUACCCCCAUCUCCCUGUCUCCCCUGGGCCACUCCCUGAGCCACUCUCUCGGACACUCCCUGGGCCACUCCCUGAGCCACUCCCUAGGUCACUCCCUAGGUCAUUCUCUGGGACACUCACUAGGACACGCCGGGCUGAUUCCUGCCCACCACACAGCCUUCCUCUCCGGUCAGCCUAUCCACAUUAUCCCGGCCUCUGCACUUCACCACACUCCCUUAGCGCUCCACCAUGUUCCUCAUGCAGCCCUCUACCCCACACUUUUCGCACAACGUCCCUCACAGGCUGCUGCAGCAGCAGCUCUCCAACUCCACCCACUGCUACACCCAAUCUUCUCAGGGCAGGACCUCCAGCACCCACCUAACCAUGGCUCCUGAGUUAUGAUACAAAGUGAAGGAGUUCUAGUCGCAGCACCCAACCACUGGAAGAAAGACUCGACCUGAACCGGCCUGGUUCAGGAUUUUAAGAUGAAGUCUUUGCAGCAACAUGCAGGCAGUGAGACAGGAAGCUGUUGGUAAACUACCCUUUUACCGGCCAACACGGCGCAGGAAUUGUAGCCACAAAGUGGUGCUGCCUGUGUUGUGACAUUAACAUUUUCUUCUGCCUCGUGAGUUUUCUUUCUUUUUUCAUGUUUUGUCCCAAAUUUCUAAACCGGUGGGGUAGAUUUAAAAAAAAAAAUUCCUCGAUACUUUAGUUUCUGUUCCAGCUUGAGGUAUAAUAAUAUUAAUAAUAAUAUCUAUUUAUGUUUCAAUGAUAAAUCGGCGAAACCACUGGAGUUUCCUUUUGUUUUCCCACAGACGAAAUAUUCAGUGUUUUUCUCAUUUUGGCAGCCAAAGACGUAACGGCCGAAUCCCGCUGCGAGGGGAAGUACGUGAUGGGCGAAUGAAACGUACUUAUAUUCACUGAUAUCGUUCAUGUUUUUCAUAUGACUACUUGCUCUCUAUUGGCUCCUUGGUCUCAUAAUUUGUAAUGCAGUAACUUGUACAUAUAUCAGUGUGUAAUGUGAAGAAUCCCACCAAUGAUGACCAUAUGAAAUUCCAGCUGUGGGGUUCCGAAUCGGUAUGACAUAAGAACGCCCUCUCUCUGGUUUGAGGGGAAAUGUGAUGUGGGCUGUGGGCGGGGGCGGGGGCUGUGGGUGGGGGCGGGGACACCCCGACACUGUGAGGCAAAGCGCCUGUUCCCUGUGGUGAGGGUGCACCUGAAUAAAUUGCACUGAAAAUCUGUACAUCGAGAUGGUGCGUUUGCAUCAUGUAACAAUAAGAUUGUAGAAUGCUGCAAUAAUUGUAUUUUUCUGUUUUUAAAUUAUUUUCCAAAAUGCUCUUCAGAAGAAGAGCUGUGUUUUUUUUUUUGUGUUGCUUUUGUGUAAUUUUGUAAAUACAACUGCUGUAGAUUAACCUAUUAACAUUCUAGAGGUUUUGGUAUUGGAAAAAAACAAACAAAAAAAGCAAAAGAUGAGACGUAUGGGCGACGGUCAAGUGUACGUAUUUUAUCACGUUUGUUUAUAAAUUAGCCCGCUGAAGAUGGGCUGAGGCGAAGGAUCGUGAUCUGUCAAACAGUAGCAACUCUGUAUUUUCUAAGAACUUACUGUUUCAGCAAAUAAAAUCUUGAGUUCA